AUGUUACCUGGCUGUGACUCUACAGUUGUGUUAGUUCCUGCUGUGACUCUACAGGUGUGUUCGUAUCGCUCAUCCUUCUACUCGGACGUCCUGUCACACUUCGCGAGCUUCCACAGAGAGUCUCGCUUCCUGUUGUGUCUCUUCUGCCUGAAGGUGAACAGAAACCCCGUCAGCUACCAGCAGCACCUGCUGAGACACCAGAUGAACCAGGCUUUCCACUGCAACAGAUGCCGUCUCCAGUUUGUCUUCCUGAAGGACAAGAUGCAGCAUAAGCUGGAGAACCAUCGCAGCUUCCGUCGGCCCGCCCAGCUGGAAGGACUGCCGCCAGGGUCAAAGGUAACGAUCAGGACUUAUGGAAAGGUCCGGACUCUGCCGUCAGCGUCACCGGGGGUCCGGCUGCAGAGCCCCUCCUCCCUCAUCCAGCCAAUCAACAUCAAGACAGAGAAACCUGCCACCCAGAGGAGCCCCCCCCUCUUCAAACCGCCCCGAUCACCAACGAAGAAGACGGUCGGCCGCAGAGUCAGCGUCGACAGGACGUCCUGUCCCGCCUCAGAGCGCCUGCUGUGUUUGGAGUGUGGAACCGACAUCUCCGACUUCUCGGCUCACUACCCGACUCACGUCUCCUGUCUGCUGUGUCCCUACGCCAGCUGCUGCUCCCGCGCUUACGCCACGCACAUGAUCCAUCAUCACGUACCGAGACCCAAAGACAAAGUAGUUCCUCUGCACAGACUGCCUCCUCCGUGUGUGUUUGAGCUGCAGUGUUCUGACUGUGACUUCCGGCCCCAGAACGCAGAUCAGAUGGCUGAACAUCUGCUGAAGAACCCAGACCAUUACAGCGCCACCUGUAGACCCAGGACGUACGUUGAGCAGGACAUCCAGUUCUUCCCCGGUGAAGAGAGAGAACCGGUCCAGAACCAGGACCAGAACCAGGACCAGGACCAGGACCUCCUGUCCGAUGUUCCAUGGCGGUCAGCUGAUAGUUGGAAGCGUCCAUCAGAGAGCGACGACAUCCCGCCCGCCAUCGUCCCGUUCAGUCUGACCAGCGGGCCCCGCCACCUGCUGUCCAAAAACACCGACGCCAUCGACUUCUUCAACCUGCUCUUCCCCGCUGCGCUCGUCCAGCUUAUCGCCACGGAAACCAACGCCCACGUGAAGACCAUCCAGUUCCAGGGCGCCAGCGACGCGGUGGCAGACUGGCGUCCCAUCAGCGUGCAGGAGAUCCGGGGCUUCCUGGGCCUGGUGAUCCUGAUGGGGGUCCAGAACCUGUCCGACCCGGCCCACUACUGGUCCUGGAGCCACUACGACAACAGCUACACCUUCUGCCGCGCCAUGAGCCUCCAACGCUUCCGCCAGAUCGCCGCCAACAUCCGCAUGGGCAGCUUCGUUACCGAGGCGCUCCGCGGCGGCAGCGAUGCCGUCUGUGACGGCGACCCGCUGAGCAUUUUCAGGCCCAUGCUGGCGAUCCUGGGCGACGCCGUGUGGGACGCUUACCAGCCCAACUGCUGCCUGAGCAUCGACCGGGCACUGCUGCCGCGCAUGGAGGAGGACAGCGGGCACGCCACGGGGGACGCCAAGACGCCACCACAGGUGUGGCUGCUCUGUGACUCCAAGUCAGGCUACUGUCACCGCUUCUUCAUCCAGGCCGGGGAGAAGGAGAGCGGGGCGGGGCCAGGCGCCGGUGGGGCGGGGCCAGGCUUCAGCGUGGUGCCAGCGCUGGUGGAGAAGCUGCAGAACAAACACCACCAGCUGUUCCUGUCCAGCUCGCUGGCGUCGGCGCCGCUGCUGCAGAAGCUUCUGGAGCAGAAGAUAUACGCGUGCAGCUCGUUCCCGCCGCCCAGCGCCAUCCUGCCCAGGGCGCUGUGGGACGACGGCUCGCUGCACAGACCCGGAGACUUCCUGCAGCGGCGCUGUGGCCCGCUGCUCGCCACCCGCUGGAGGGACGCCAAGGAGAUGGGCUGCCUGUCCACCAACGCUCCUCCAGGUGAAGCAGACACCGUGUGGCGGAGAUCACAGACCAAAGUGGGCGGGCUGGACCCCAUCGACCGACCAAUGGCGUUCCGCCUGCUGCAGGAGAACAUGCGUGGCGUGGACAUCUGUAAACAGCUGCUGGCGUGCAACCCGCUGGGCGGCGUGCCGCUGGACCGCCACUGGAGACGCCUCUUCUGGUUCCUGGUCAACCUCAGCAUCGUCAACGCCUUCAUCGUGCUGCGGGAGAGCCGCAAAGAGAACCCCCCGCCCUGGGUCACAGACGGCCUCUUCACCCAGGUGAACUUCCGGAAGCGUUUGGGCAACCAGCUGGCUAAGUGUGCUCAGAAGUCGUUUGAGGCGCUGGAGAUGGCGAGUGUGCGCGUGGCGAGGGCCGUGGCGAGGCCGGUAGACGCGCCCCUGAAGCAGCGCCACCACAUGGUGAAGAUCAGCAACAUCUCCAAACGCUGCCGCAACUGCAACCGCAAGAACGUGCGCCACGAGAGCGUGUACGGCUGCGGCGUCUGCAACGCCAACCUCUGCAAGCAGUCCAGCUGCUUCUGGGAGUUCCACAACCUCUCGCCGCUCAGGAAAGGAUCGACCAAAGUUGGAUUUCUCAAGGACAGAAUCAGCGGGGCUGUGGAGGUGGAGGAGUUUGAGGGCGAUGUAGACGGGGCUAUGGCGCCCGUGGAGGAGUUCUCUGAUGACGAGCGGUUGGACGAUCUGAACGACGUUGAUGAAGAAGCAGACGACGGGAAGGAAGACUUCAUCAGAGACGUGAAGCGCCCUACGCCUGGCGCCGUGGCCGCCACGGCAUCUGGCGGCACGGCCGCCACGGUAUCUGGCAGCGCAGGCGCCACGGUAUCUGACAGUACGGCCGCCACAGUAUCUGGUGCCGUUGCCGACGCGGUAUCUGGCGGCCCGGCCGCCGCGGCGGUGGCCUGUAGAGAGCGUGAGGACUCGCUGUCGGCUCGCCAGCUGAGGGUGGCGCUGAUCGCUCUGUGUGACGGACUCCAACACGCCUCACGCCUCUUCUCCACCGACACGAACACCAUUCGCCGCUGGCUACAGGACGCCAGGAAGCGUCUGAAGCGAAGUGAUCCUGAGAAGACAGCGGACGGCGGCGAGGGCGACGGCUCGGACCGUAUGUUGGCGUGGGUUCUGUCGAUGCGCGAGCAGCAGCUCCCCAUCACGGAGAGCAACCUGUUCCACAAAGCCUCGGCGCUGAAGAAAAAGGGCGCCUUCGGCGACGCCUUCCGCAUCUCCUACGAUUGGGCGGUGGGGUUCCUUCUGCGGCACCGGCUUGGCGUGCGCAGCGUCGGCCGCGCCGCCACGCUUGCCCGCACGCUACCGCUCUCCCUGCACGCCAAGAUCCAGUCCUUCCGGGAGUUCACGCAGAAGAUCGCGCGGACGCACGAGCUGCCCGAGAGCGCCGUGGCCGCCAUGGACGAGCUGUGUAUCUUCGUGGAUCUGCGCCUGGUUCAGGACAAGUCUCGGCGGCGAGACGCACUGGAGCUCACGGGCUCCGUCCCCUUGGUCACCGUGUACCUCGCCGCGCUCGCCGAUGGCUCCAUGUUGCCGGCGCUGGUUCUGGCGAGCCGGCAGCUGGCAAAGAGAGCGCCGCUGCCGGAGUUCAUUGUGUUGGAAGGCGGCGCCGAGAGUCUGCUAGCGGAGGAAGCGUUGGAUCUGUGGACCAACAGAGUCUGGCUGCACCAUGUUAACGCUGCUUCUCGGCGCCAGAAAUCUCUGCUGGUGUUGGACCGCCACCGCGAGCACAUGGGCGACCCGUUCCUCACGGCGGUCAGCGCCGCGGGCACGCUGCCGGCCGUGAUCCCCGCCGGCUGCGCCUUCCGCUUGCAGCCUCUAGAGAUCUGCGUGAAGCCCGUUCUGCAGCGCUUCCUGCUGGCGCGCUGGGCAGCGUUCAGCGCCGGAAGCCCAGCAGAGUUGGAGGAAACGUCGCCACCACAGCUGCAAGCCAACGUAGCGCGGCUGCUCGUUGAUUGGACGGUCGAGGCGCUGAUGCAGCUGGAGAAACUGCCGCAGGUUUGGAAGACGUCGUUCCGUCUAACGGGGGUUCUGUCGAGGCGGGAGGGCGAGGAAGAGGAGACGAGUCAACAAGCAGAAGAGAUCCAAAUAGAUCUCAUCAAGACUCUGACGGAGACGCUGCUCGGCGCCGAUGCUUCCAACGCAGAGGCUCCAGAACUCCUGGAGCUGGAAGACGAAGAGGAAACAGAGGAGGAAGGAGGAGAGGAGGAGGAGGAGGAGGAGAUGGAAGAGGAAGUGAAGGAAACGACGGAGGAGGCUCGGUCGGACACAAUGAAAGGCGGCGAGGAGACGGAGGAGGAAACCACAACAACAGGAGAGGGAAAGGACGCAAUCCAAAGUGUGGAAGACAUCAAGGAGACAGAGGACGACAGGAAGGAAGACAGCAAGGAGACAGAGGACGACAGGAAGGAAGACAGCAAGGAGACAGAGGACAGGAAGGAGACAGAGGUGGACAGGAAGGAGACAGAGGACAGGAAGGAGACAGAGGUGGACAGGAAGGAAGGGAGCAAGGAGACAGAGGACACGAAGGAGACAGAGGUGGACAGGAAGGAAACAAAGGAGGAGACUCAGCCGGAGAAAGAGGACUCUAACGAAGGUUUGGAAGACGAGAAGGAGACGAAAGAGGACCUUAAGACGCUCGAGGAAGACAGCGAGGAGGAAGGGAAGGAGACAGAGGAGGACAGGAAGGAAGGCAGCAAGGAGAGACGGGAGACGAGGAUCGUGAUCGGAGAGGAAGUGGGCGACGAGUGGAAGAUAACGGUGAAGAGCCGCAGCGAUGGCGCCGAGGGAGACGGAGAGGAAGAGGAACUCUAG